CGUGAGGGCGGGAACGGGGCGGUUCCGAUGGCGGCUCCGCUGUCCGUGUGAGGCCCGAGAUCCCGAAGGGCUGCGGAGCCUCGCGGGGAGCGGCUGCUGAGGCGGGGCCGGCGGGGCCGCGCCCGGUUCUCGCUCCGGAGUCUUUCUCGAUGAACGAUUGGGCGCCCAUAGCAAAGGAGUACGACCCCCUGAAAGCGGGGAGCAUCGACGGCACGGAUGAGGAGCCCCACGACCGUGCCGUGUGGAGGGCCAUGCUGGCGCGUUACGUCCCCAACAAGGGCGUCACCGGAGAUCCUCACCUCACCCUGUUCGUAGCGAGGCUCAAUCUGCAGACGACGGAGGAGAAAUUAAAGGAGGUCUUUUCCCGAUACGGAGACAUCAGAAAGAUCCGUCUGGUUCGAGAUCUGGUCACGGGAUUUUCCAAGGGUUAUGCGUUUAUCGAGUACAAGGAGGAACGUGCUCUGCUGAAGGCCCAUAGAGAUGCCAACAGGCUUGUUGUCGAUCAGCACGAGGUCUUCGUAGACUUCGAACUGGAAAGAACUCUCAAAGGAUGGAUUCCUCGGAGGCUUGGAGGAGGUUUUGGAGGCAAAAAAGAAUCCGGGCAGCUGCGGUUCGGAGGACGGGACAGACCUUUCCGGAAACCCAUUAAUUUGCCAAAUGUGAAAAAUGAUUUCUAUGGAGAAGGCUCAGCAGAGAAAAGAAACUGGUCUCGAGAGGGAGCAAGGGACUGGAGAACAAGAGACCGAGAGCAUGAAAGGAGCAGAGAGAAGAGAGGGCCAGAAAGAGAGCGGUCGUGGGGUUGGGCUGACAGCGAGAGAGAAAGAGACUCAAAAGAGGAGAGGAGCAGAGGGAGAGAGAGGAAGGAUAGAGACAGAAAGGACAGAGAGAGAGACCGGAGCAGGGAAAGAGAUGCCAAGAAGCAAAGAGAUGAUGAUAAGUAUCGAUAGCUGGCAGCACCUUGUCUUAAGGGAACGAUGGGGAGCUUGAGUAUGGUGACUACUCUUUUCUGUAGUGUGAGACACGCAGUACUGCCCUUAAUGCUGCCUGGGGGCAUGCCUCUGCUGUCAUGGUGAAUGAACUGCUACGGAGGAGAUGAUGCAGGAAAACGCUGUGCCUUCUGGAGGAUGUGGACACGACUCUGUUGUAGGUGUCACCUUCAGCAUGGGGCUGAGAGCUGCGUUACCCAAACGAGCAGUUUCAUGUUAUUGUCUUGUGCCUUUGACUUUUAUCUGCUAGAAGCUCUCUAUAGUGUGUUCCUAGUGCAGUUGUUCUUCAGAGAAAUUAAACAUUUCUAUUAAUAUUUUAAAGUGGUGAGUAAGAAAUGCACGUUACCAUCCCAUCAAAAUUGAGUGCUCACCUCAUUUUGCUGCUGGGAUCACUGUUCGUUAGAGAGCUCCAUAUUUCAUUCUUAAUGUGCCAGAUGCCCCCUCUCAUUUUGUGAGAUAGAUGCCCUUUAUGAAUUCGCUUUAUGAAGAAAUAGGAAUGAAACGAUAGCAACAAACUGAACUUCUGAAAUAUGUGACCCAAAACAGAAGCUGAAAGGAAGUGACUUUAUUUUCUUGAGGACACUGGGACAGGUGAGAUCUGUAGUAAUAUUAUGUCCUUAAGUAGUUCUGUGAGGUGUGAGAGAAGCAUGUAGUAAGAAAUCAAUUUUUUAUGUAUUGGGAAUUGUUAUUACCUCUUAUUAGAGGAAUGCAGACUACAGACUAGUAAGGAGGAAAAAAACCACAUUCCUGAUCAAUAGAUAAGCAAUCAUUGAAGGACAAUGUCAUGGUUAAAUGUGGUCACAGCUGCAUCCAUUGUCCUUUCCUCCUCACUGCAGGUAAAAUCCUGUCUGCAUUUUAACUUGUACUUCUGUCAGCCUUUGAAUAGCUGCACCCUCAACUUGGCCCAGCUCGAGGCUGUAUAUCCAUGAGCAGUGGCAUCACCCUUUUUCAGGGGAAAGAAGCCAGAUCUGCGCAGUGCGACCCAAAGCAGGUGGUGUUAGCAUUCCACACAAAGGAAAAAAAAAAAAGAUGCAAGUCUUGAAGAAAUGCUCAUUUCUCAGAAAUAUUUAUUAAACUGUUAAAAUGAUUUACUGCCCAACCGAAACAGAACAAAAAAACACACAAAAAAAACCCAAAACAACUUCAGUGAUCCUGCGCUUUGGAGACAGGAUUGUUACGCCCUUUACCUGGCAACAUCCUGCCUUCCUUUUUACAAGCAGAUUUUAGCUAAAUAUUGAGAAUCUACAUGAUAGGUCUUCAACCCUUUACGUACUCAUCCCUAUUUGCCAUCCUUUCUGAUGGCACCUUAAUGUGUAUUAACUUGGUGUUUCUAACAUGAGGACGAGGAGCGGAGUGGUUAAUGCUAGCAGGAGUAACUAAUUAGAUUUUUGAGGUAAUGGGCUCAGAGAUAAAUAGGGGAAGGUUGUACUGCUUAGUGUCAUUGUUUGAAAUUGGCUGCGGAUUUGACCCAACAAUAGUGCGCAGGGCUCUAGUGUGUGGGACCAGCUUUACAUGCACUAGGCCAGGACAGCUGGUUUUUAAUAUAUGAGCUUAGAUGCUGGGGGAAAACAGCUCAGCCUGUCUUUCUGUUGUCUCAGUUCGUUGCUCUUAGCUUAAUUUGAAAAGUGAUGUGCUUAUUCAGGCUGUGAAUCUGCUGCAUCUUUCUUUUGUUUCUGUUCACUGCAUCUCUAAAUCUCUCAAUGUGUCAAAUGACUGUAAACUAUGCUAGAGAUGGGAAUCAUUCACAAUUUAUUUGAACUGCCUACAACUAUAGUGUGCUUUUUUAUAUUCCCCACUCAAUCUGAAAGUGAAAUCAGGAUCUUCACAACUAAAGUAUUACAGCAAGUCUUCCCUCUGUUUGAGAAUGGCCUUUCAUGCAAGGGAGGGAAGUGAUGUUUUAAUGAAAAGUUUUCUGUAAGCAUAAAAACUUAAGAAGUGUUACCAAAACGUAACCAGGCAAAAUUCUCUCUGCCUAAUACUAGCAUCAAAUGCUACUGUUGCUACAUCAAAUGGAAAUGCCUUUAAUAUAAGGCCACGUUUCUCCCUCCUGCCCCAGGCAAUGUCAGUGACAACUGGCAGGCACAGUAAAUGCUCACCCUACGAUGUGCUGAAGGUCUGUGUUCAACAUGAGCAGUUACACACAGGAGCAGAGCAGCAUUCAGCCCACUGUUGUGAAAACUGAUUUUCUCGCACAGCUUCACAUCAGAUGAGCUAAGAGCCUGGAUCUGCUGCCUGUAUGCAUUAACAAACCCGUUGCUGGAUCAUCCUGGACUGAGUACAACUGGCCUGCACUAAACCUUCUGGUUUGCUCUUAUCUAAGUAUUCUUCAGGACAUCCUCAGCCACCUGCAUCCAGCUCUGCCUGCACAAGUUGCCCACAGGUGCAAAGCUGGGUUGUGCACUGCCACAGACCGUGCACACGUAGUAAUUAUGCUGCAUGGAGCUUUAGUGUUCUGGUUUAGGCAAGCAUGACCUUGGUCAGCCCCAAGGGUCUUGCAUGAUUAAUUGCAAAGCAGAUGUAGACCCCACCUCCUGCCAGUUCAGAUGCAUUCAUGUGCUGGGCUUUUGAUGGUGAGUUAGGAGUUAAGCUCCUCCGCUUGCUGGCUGCCCACACAGUCAAUGCCAGCGGAGCAACCUGCACAUACAGAACACGUCUCUGCCAGCCUAAGUAAUGUUUAGGGUAGUCAGAAAAAAGAAAACAUUUUGAGCUGGGGUCAUCUCAGAGUCAGUUAAGAUAGCUCAUGUCAGCUGAGGAUGUCUUUUACUCUGAAGUUAGGCAUUCUUACCUAGACAGAAAAGUGGAGUGUGACUUAAAUCAAAACCUGCCUAUGGGAAGGGGACCUAACUCCUUUAUGGCAGCUGUCUGCUACUCUAGGGGAAAGUCUCUGGUAAGAAAGAAAAAAUUCAAGUGUUAGAAUUCUUCCUUGUAAGCAAUUCUUUCUCCAUUACUACUGCAGAACUCAUGGCAAAAAGCAAGGCACGCUCACCUCACACGUGGGUUUCUUCAGGCUUUAGGCACUGUAAGCAUCAAGGGAAAUGUACACUCCUUAUCCCUCUUGAGGCUACUCCAGUUUGUCACUUUCUAUCAGGUGGAUUUCCAAGGGGUUACUCUGCAAAAUUCAGGAGUGAACUUGACAGGACACAGCAGUGCUACAAUCUGCAGGGAGAGCGGCCAGCUGUGGUAUCCCUCUUGAAAAAAUUCUUACCAAGUUACAAAAAAGCAAACAACCAAAAGUUUUAACAAAUAAGGUGACAGAGUCUUUGCCAAUAGAUAUUGUACACCGCAAACAAACUUCUAAUAAUGGCACAGGUCUUUUUUUUUUGGUUUAGAUAAGCUUGUGUUACUGUAGUUAAUGCACAAACAAGACCAUAGACUUGUUAUUCAGCACAAAACAA